AUGAUCCUUCCCGACAGAAAUCGUUUCGGGGCCUACCAGUCCAGGCGAAAGCUCUGUUUCACCUCUCCGCUCCUGAGAAAUGAGGAGCUUUCUGGUGGGCGGGGCGACGCGACUGGGGGCACAACGGCUCUCCUGCUGGUCCUCGCGACCGUCGCCGCGUGCCUGCUGUCGUCCGUCAACCACUCCGCGGCGCAGACGGAGCCGUUCCUCGUGACCAAGGCUCGCAGCACGCGCGCAUUCGCCGCCAACUGCACAAACGACUCGCUCAAGGCCAACACGACCGCGGCGCAGAGGGCUCAAGAGCUGCUCGCGGCGAACGCCACUCUCGUCGCCGCCGUCGCCGCGUAUAACGACGCGGCGCCGCUGGUCAACCGCCUGAAGCUCGUCCUCGCCGGCAAGAUCUCCGCGGCGAACGAUACCGCCGCGAAAAUUCAGUCGCUGCAGGGAAUCACGGAGGAGCAGCAGGCGCGGCUCGAUAAGAUCGUGGCGGAGAGCAGCAACGAGACGGCGCUGAAGCAGGCUGUGUCGGACGCGAAGCGACGGGUUUCCAUGGCGGCACGAAUCAUUGACGACCAGACGGCCGCUAUCGCCGGCUUUAAGUUCGACGUCUACAAGGCGGCUCGGAGGGCUGCCGAUCCGAGCCUCACGGGCGCAGAUCUGACCGACGCACAAGAUGAUCUGGAGUCGGCGAAAACGCAGAAGGCCGAAGCGGAGGCUCUUCUGGCAGAUAUGACUAAACAGGCGGCGCGGGCGCAGGCUCUUCUCGCUAAGAAGCAGAAAGUUCUGGACGACCCCGCGAGCGUUCAGGAGGAAAUCGCCGCGCAGCAGCACGUGAUCGACGACGCUAAGUUUGAGCUGGACGAGACCGCUGCGGCGUAUGAGGACGCCAAGGCUGCGGUGACUCAGGCGCAGGCCGACGUGAACUACGCGAAUGCGUCUAUUCCCGCGAAGUCCGUGAAUGUGAGCAACGCGAAGAUCUUAUACAGCAAGGCGGUGAGUAAUAAGAACAGCGCGGACUCGGCGGCGAAUCUUAUGGCUUCUCGUGCGUACAACGCCACGCUCGCUGCGCAGCAAGCUGAGGCAGCUGCUAAGGCUGCAGGUUACACGUGGGUGUGGUAA